AUGUCUUCCAGUAGUGACCAAGUUGUUAUCACAAUGCCACAAAGCAACGGCCUCCCCACGGUGACUCUCAACAACCUUAAUACUUUUACUAAGGGGUCUAUGCUAAGUUUUCAUAACAUAUGCUACAGGGUGAAAGUGAAGUGCGGCUCUCUCCUUGAUGGAAGCACAUGGGAGAAAGAAAUACUCAAGAAUGUCAAUGGGAUCAUGGGACCUGGCCUCAAUGCCAUUCUGGGACCCACAGGUGGAGGCAAAUCUUCCUUGUUGGAUGUUCUAGCUGCAAGGAAAGAUCCACAGGGAUUAUCUGGGGAUGUUUUGAUAAAUGGAAAACCUCGCCCUGCCAAUUUCAAAUGCAUUUCCGGUUAUGUGGUACAGGAUGACGUGGUGAUGGGAACGCUGACCGUGAGAGAAAACCUACAGUUCUCAGCAGCGCUGCGGCUCCCUGAGACCAUGACCAUGGGCGAAAAAAAUCAAAGGGUCUGCCAGAUCCUUCAAGAGUUGGGUCUGGAUAACGUGGCAGAUUCCAAAGUUGGGACUCAGUUUACCCGUGGUGUGUCUGGAGGAGAGAGAAAAAGGACUAGCAUUGGGAUGGAGCUUAUUACUGACCCAUCCAUCUUGUUCCUUGAUGAGCCCACCACUGGCUUAGAUUCAAGCACAGCAAAUGCUGUCCUUUUGCUCCUGAAGAGGAUGUCGAAGCAAGGGAGGACCAUCAUCUUCUCUAUCCAUCAGCCUCGCUAUUCCAUCUUCCGGCUGUUUGAUAGCCUCACCUUAUUGGCCUCUGGAAGACUGGUGUUCCAUGGGCCGGCUCAGGAGGCCUUGGGGUACUUUGAAUCUGCUGGUUACCAGUGUGAGGCCUAUAAUAACCCUGCAGACUUCUUCCUGGACGUCAUCAAUGGAGACUCCUCUGCUGUGAUAUUAAACAGAGACAAUGAAAGUGAUGAAACCAGGGGCAUCAUGGAGCCCACCCAAAUAGAGACUCUAUGCAUAGAAAAAUUAGCUGAGUUGUAUGUCAACUCCACCUUUUUCAGAGAGACGAACAUUGUAUUAAGUCAUCUCUCAGUCGUCCUAAAACAGAAGAGCCCAACUUCUGAAGAGAUCACCUAUGCCACCUCCUUCUGUCACCAACUUAGAUGGAUUUCCAAGCGUUCAUUCAAAAACUUGCUGGGUAACCCCCAGGCUUCCAUAGCUCAGAUCAUUAUAACUGUUAUCCUGGGACUACUUGUGGGUGCCAUCUUCUAUGAUCUAAAAAACGACCCUGCAGGCAUCCAGAAUAGAGCUGGGGUGCUCUUCUUCCUGACCACCAACCAGUGUUUCAGCAGUGUAUCUGCCGUGGAGCUCUUCGUGGUCGAAAAGAAGCUCUUCAUCCACGAGUACAUCAGUGGAUACUACAGAGUGUCCUCAUAUUUCUUCGGGAAACUGUUAUCAGAUCUGCUACCCAUGAGGAUGUUACCUAGUGUUAUAUUUACUUGUAUAACAUACUUCUUGUUAGGAUUAAAGCCACUGGCAGCCUCUUUCUUCAUCAUGAUGUUCACCCUCGUGCUGGUGGCAUACACGGCCAGUUCGAUGGCCCUGGCCAUAGCAGCAGGUCAGAGUGUGGUGUCCAUAGCCACGCUUCUCAUGACCAUUUCUUUUGUGUUCAUGAUGAUACUUUCAGGGCUGUUGGUGAAUCUCCGAACUGUUGUGCCUUGGUUCUCUUGGAUUCAGUACCUUAGCAUUCCUCAUUAUGGCUAUGUGGCUUUGCAGCAUAAUGAAUUUCUGGGACAGAACUUUUGCCCAGGAGUCAACGUAACCAUAAACAAUAGCUGUAGCUAUGCAACAUGUACUGGUGAAGAAUUUUUGAUAAACCAGGGCAUUGAUAUUUCCCCGUGGGGCUUGUGGAAGAACCACGUCGCCUUGGCGUGCAUGAUCAUUAUCUUCCUCACAAUUGCUUACUUAAAACUGCUGUUUCUGAAAAAGUUCUCCUAA